GACCGUGGCCGAGCUAGUGUCGUCUAAUACCUCGUUCAGGGCUGCGCUGCCUCCGUGUGUACUCUUAGAAGCGUCGUGAGCUCGCAGUGCUCUGUGGCGAUCCUUGUUCCCCCUGUUGUGAAGAUGGCCCUUUAAAGGACGCAGCCCAUUCUCCAUCCUCGCUGAGGGAGGCUCGCUGUGUGAGAUUUAUAUCCACGGCCUCCCUGGAUGUCGUUGUCUUGUGGGACUUCCAUGGUUAACCCGCCAGUUACUGAGCGUCGACCCAGCAUCCGCCCAUGAUUUGACCUCCUUGAGCUUGACUGGUCUGUGCUGUGUUGACCUCGGAGGAUCGUGAAAAAUCAGUAAUAUAUAAAUGUUAACUCCAAGGCAGGGCACCCGUUAACUGGGACAUUAUUAUAAUGACCACAGUACUAGGACCGUGGAUAGAAUCGUUGAAAAAACCCAGUUCUGACCUUCUCGCAGGCUGCUGGAGCAAGACAGUUAGGACGUGCUAGUUGUUCUAGUGAAGAUAUUAUUAGGUAUCCUAAGAGCGUAGAACUCUUGUGUCUGAGUCAGAGACUUUAAGAGGCCACUCCCCGUGGGAUUCUGAGGCCCUUGGUGCACAGGUGCGGUUUCUUCCUAAGCUUUUGAAUAGAGUGCCUGGGUGUUCCUGGAGAAGCAGUAACUAUGUAUUUUAAGAUUACCUUUAGUAAACCCCCCCCCUUUUUUUUUUAAGAAACAGCUUUGAUGUAUUGCUCAUUGGUUAAAUACUAGUUGGCCCUGUUCUAAAGUGAGUUUAUUCUGUAUGUCCAGUACCCUGCACCUGGUAUGUUUUGUUCUUUGUACUCUUCCAUUCUUCCCAUGUGACCUGUGGUUUUUUUUUGUUGUUGUUGUUUUGUUUUGUUUUUUAACUUUCUCCUCUCAGAGUGACAGAGAAUUUUUGUUCUUCAUGUUUUUACUGAAACGGAAUUCAUCAGUUUUUAAAGCAAAUCUAAAAGCAGACUGCUGAAUGAUUCGAUACAUGUCCAGGUUUUAUUUUUGACUGAUGUCUCCCCCUGUAACACAAUCGCUUUUGUAUAGGAACGUUCCUCCUGUUAAAAAUUCCCUGAGAAAAUUGUGUGGGAAAUAGCAAGGGGAAUCCAAAGAUGGGAUGGCUUCACAUAUAAAUCAUUUCAGGAUCAGAACCAGAAGCAUUGUAUGUGUAACCAGCAAGAAAACAGACCGUUUGGAAAAGCCAAGAAUAAGCUUGGCUGGAGGCUCCUGUUUCUUAGACUGCAGGUCUAGUCUGUUGAUUCUGUUCUCUAGACGAAAGCUACUUCGGUUUUUAGGAAAACAGUCAGCAAGAUACUCACUUUUCCAAAGAUGAGUGCUAAGAUUUCAUAUUCUCUUCCCCUCCUCCCAUUCUUACGUUCUCUUGGAAAAGGCACCCUAGGGUUUUGUAUUAGAUGGUGGUAAUUGAAACGUCUUACGUAAUGUCAGUAGUGUGGAUGAACUUGUCUGAAGGUUAUUUCAGUUAUUAAGGACAUUAUGGAUAUAAAGUUGUGAUUUGAUUUUCUAUAUGUGGGUCAGUUCACUUAACUCUGGUAAGGUAAAAGGUCUAUCUCUAAUUCAAAAUAGAAACAGAAAAUUUCUUUACAAAUAUAGCUGGUACUAGUAAGGAGGCCACAAGUAGGCCUUGCAUAAAACUUUGCAGUACUGGAAAAACAACUCAGUAGGUACCUUAAUAGAAAAAAAUAUUGAGCAUGCCAUCCUUGUGCUUAAAAGAUGACAUGAUAAACUUCAUUGCGUAUUCUGUGCCUCCAAAUGUUAGGUCAGUGAUUCAUCUGCCGGUAAACCACUCAGGAAAUGAAAGUAGUCAGCUUUUCUAGUGUGUACUGUCAUUUGUAACAGCAAAAUCAGAUGCCUAAGGAGACAAAAGGAGUACUUCUUUAGGACGUACUAUUUAUCAUCUAUCAGACUAGCAAAAGUUACACAGAAUUAUCCCUGUGGUCCACCCCUGUGGUCCAGUAUAUGAAAAGGAAAAUAAGAACCGUGUAUGGUUACAAUUUUCUAAAGUUGGGUCUUGGUCGGCACCUCGGUUUACUUGGCUAGUCCUCCGCCUGUGGCACUGGCACCCUGGGUUCUAGUCCCAGUUGGGGCGCCGGAUUCUGUCCCGGUUGCCCCUCUUCCAGGCCAGCUCUCUGCUGUGGCCAGGGAGUGCAGUGGAGGAUGGCCCAAGUGCUUGGGCCCUGCACCCGCAUGGGAGACCAGGAGGAAGCACCUGGCUCCUGGCUUCGGAUGGCACAGCGCGCCGGCUGUAGCUGCCAUUUGGGGUGGUGAACCAACGGAAAAGGAAGACCUUUCUCUCUCUCUCUCUCUCUCUCUCACUGUCUAACUCUGCCUGUCAAUCAAUCAAUCAAUCAAUAAAUAAAUAAAGUUGUGUUUUAAACAAUUAUGGCUGCAGUCAAGGGAAUAAUACUACACAGAAUGGAUACUUUAAACCUACUGGAAAGCAAAAAUUAAGAGCAAAAGUAGAUUUUAGACUGACAUUGCUGAGAAAACUAAAGGAGUGUCUAUUUUUUUUUUUUUUUUUAAACUGGUGAUCCUGGGAUACUGUGGUGCAGUUAUUUUUCCUAUUUGGGAAUGUGUGAGAAUCAGCUAAUUCUAAACCCUCAUCAACUAGUGAGUUAGAAUCCAUGGGCAUGGGACAGGAAAUUAGUAAUAUUUAAGUUUCUCCCAGGCUGAUUCAGAUAUAUUCUAAAAUUUGAAACAUUGAUCUUAGAAAAAUGUUAGUCCCAUAAUUUCAAAUUUUUUGCUUGUUUUUCUAAAUGUUGUGGGUUUUUCCCUUCAUUUGUUUCUUUUUUGUUAGCCACCUUUCCCCUUGACCUCACAAAAACUCGACUCCAAAUGCAAGGAGAAGCUGCUCUUGCUCGGUUGGGAGACAGUGCCCGAGAAUCUGCCCCCUAUAGGGGCAUGGUUCGCACAGCCCUAGGGAUCAUCCAAGAGGAAGGCUUUCUGAAGCUUUGGCAAGGAGUGACACCUGCCAUUUACAGACACGUAGUGUACUCUGGAGGUCGAAUGGUCACAUAUGAACACCUUCGAGAGGUUGUAUUUGGUAAAAGUGAAGAUAAGCAUUAUCCUCUUUGGAAAUCAGUAAUUGGAGGGAUGAUGGCUGGUGUUAUUGGUCAAUUUUUAGCCAACCCGACUGACCUAGUCAAGGUUCAGAUGCAGAUGGAAGGAAAAAGAAAACUUGAAGGAAAACCACUGCGAUUUCGUGGUGUGCAUCAUGCAUUUGCAAAAAUCUUAGCUGAAGGAGGAAUACGUGGACUUUGGGCAGGCUGGGUCCCCAAUAUUCAAAGAGCAGCACUGGUGAAUAUGGGAGAUCUAACCACUUAUGAUACUGUGAAACACUACUUGGUGUUGAAUACACCACUUGAGGACAAUAUCAUGACUCAUGGUUUAUCAAGUUUAUGUUCUGGACUGGUAGCUUCUAUUCUGGGAACACCAGCCGAUGUCAUCAAAAGCCGAAUAAUGAAUCAACCGCGAGAUAAACAAGGAAGGGGACUUUUAUAUAAAUCAUCAACUGACUGCCUGAUUCAGGCUGUUCAGGGUGAGGGAUUCAUGAGUCUAUACAAAGGCUUUUUACCAUCUUGGCUGCGAAUGACCCCUUGGUCACUGGUGUUCUGGCUUACUUAUGAAAAAAUCAGAGAGAUGAGUGGAGUCAGUCCAUUUUAAACCCUUAAAGAUACAAUGUUCAGUAUUGCUGAAAUAUGGGCAUCUGCAACACACACACCCCUAUUAUUUCUACCUCUUUAGGAAGAUACCUUACUCCAGAGACUGUGAUUUAUAGGGGGCAGCACUUUCUUUUUCUUGGAAACCCAAGUUCUCUUUGACUCUUCUUUUUGUCUAAAAGUGAUCUGGUCGAAUCUCACAAGGCCAUCAAAUGAGAUCCAGUGCAGCAUUUUCUAAAGAAGAAUCACACCCAGACCACUCUCACCUUGGGCAAGAAGGUUUGGCCUUUGAGAUGCUAUUCUAUGCUGAAGAGCCUGCUUAGAGGAGUGCCAGGAGGAGGUAGCAUCUCAGACCUGCAGUAGACAAUAGGAAUGUUGAAGAACAUAUGUGUAGUCCUUAAGAAACACAUUUAAUCUGUUAUGUCAGUACUUAGAAUUGCAGUUUGACAGUCACCUUUCUGUUGUUGUUGAAGUACACAUAUUGUAACUUAAAGUGAGGUAAAUGAAAAUUCAUGAAUAAAUGUUUUAAGUUUCCCUAGCAUUGAAGACAGUUGAUGUACAUUUUUCUUGCCAAGAGGAUGAAAAAAAACAAUCAAACUGAGAUGAUGUUUGGAUUUCAAAGAAAGAAGCUGUGUCUGUGAAUGCCCCAUCAUUAGAUCUGUGUUAACUGGUUAGCACUCCACUGCACCUGGUAGUAACUUCCCCUGGCGGCCACAGCCCCUGAAUCUUGAUGAAAACAGAGAAGAGUAUUUACAUGUUACGAAUUUGUCACUAACUAAAGAAUCGUAAAAUAUAAAAUUUGCAAGAACUGUACCUUAUUUCACAGCUAUAUAAGUCCUUUUUGAAACACCAUUUGUUACCAUCAUCCUUCAGUGGUAUUUUAAAACUAAGGGUGAUACGAAAUCAGCCAAUUCUGAUAUGAGUCCUUUUUUUUUUUAUCUUCCUUCUCUAACCCUAAGGGCAAAUAAGAAGGAACUCAGAAACCACACUAAAAUGGCAGUUAAACUGAAUCUUAGUUUGACAAAGCUUCUUCCCUAGAGAGUAAUGAGUACAAACUGUCUCUCAUAUACAGUUUUGUCUUCAAUCAGAAUCAAAUCCAUUUUCUUAGUUUAGUAAGAGAUUGCUUAGAUUCACCUGCAAACCACUUGUUUGCCCAGCCCCAAAUAGUGUAAUUUCAGGAUAGAUGGCCAUGGUUAGGAGUUAAGGCUGUAACUAUUAAAAUAGGAAAACUCAAAAAGCUCAGACCCAAGAAAGAACUUGGACCUUAUCAAUGGACUUUUUUAUGGUGGACAUGGAUGUACUACAAAAAGUUUACAAGUCCUGUGUGCCUGCACCGAUGAAUAAUCACUGCCAUUUGGAUUGGGAAAGUACACUUUAAAAUCUAUUAUGUAUUAACAUCCAGUGGCUCAUUGUUUUUGUAGUUGAAGAAUGUAGUUUAUUCUCUUCAGAUCUUCAGGUGGUCUACAUGUCCUUUGCAUUUGUCAAUCUGUAAUUGAGUUGUUAAAUAUAUUUAAUAUAUAUAUUAUGUGCUUAAAUACCCAAGUGUUCUGCACUGAACCACUUUAAGGGAAAUUUUGGUUAUGUUUUGUAAUUUUUUAAAAAUUUAAUAAAGACUCGAUCAAAAUAAUUGCAUGCAAACUAGACCAUGAAAAAAAAAUUAAUUUUGUUCUUUGGGAGGCUUGGGAUGAAAACAUUGCUUAAGUCCUGACACUAUUCUUUGGAAUCUGGAUCAUGAAUAACUGAAAUUUUUAACCUGAAAUAAUUCCUUGGAAUCAUCUGUUUUUCCCUUCUUAUUUUACAUGUUAGGAAAUUGAAACUGAGACCCUGAAAAGUAGGACAGCUCAUGCUCGCAAGUGACUGAGUAGCAGAGCCAGAUAAAAAUGCAGUUCUCCUAAUUAUUAUAAUUACUAUACCUGACAGUUAUUGUGCACUAGUUAGGCACCAAGUAAAUGUUUUUUGUCAUCUUCACAAUAUCCCUGUCCAGUGCUCCUGAGUCUUAAAAAAAGGCAUAUUUUCUUUAUGGCAUUUUUUUUUUCUGGUCUCAUACAUUUCAACUGACUCUAAACUUGCUCCUGCAUAAAUUUUAGAAUGUGGCCACCAUGCUUUAGCUUGACCAUUAAGACUCUAUAAUCUGACCAAAGUCUGUAUCUCUAACAUAUACCCCAUUCCAUUCAUACUUUCUAGUGUAAUCAUAUUCACUCUUGAAAUUUUGCUUUCUUUUUGCCAACUAGGGAAAUCUAUUCCCUUCAAAAAUAAGUAAUAAAAAGGAGGAAAAUUUCUGUAAUUUUGUUUCCAUACUCAAAGAUG